GUAACUUGUCCAGAUUUUAACUUCAAAGAGCUGGAAGAUGCUGCCUGUGAAGCCUUCAAGGAGCUGGAAGAUGCAGUUUGUGAACCCAUCAAAAAAUCUGAGUGUCCUGUCUGCCACAGAUUGUCCUGCACUGAAUGCGCUAUUCCCCGGCAUUCAGGGCUUAAUUGCCUUGAGCAACAGUGGAUCGACUGGGAUGAGUUAGGAAGAGGGCAAGCCCAGAGUUCAGGACUUAUUUGCAAUAAGCAACAGAGGAUUAACAGGGACAUGAAAGGCAGAGAGCAUUCCAUGGUCAAGAAACCUAGCCGAAUAAGAUCAACGAGACAUCCCCAGUCCAAGUUCAAUGGAAGAAGGAUGGGAGACAUCCCUCAAACCAGUUCCAGAAACAAAUUUCAUACAAAAAUGAGUUCAAGGGGCGAAGACAUUCUAAAUGCUGGUACUAGUAACAGCCAAGAUCCUAAGGGAAAAGGCAUAGCAAUAGAGGAUGACUGGCUGCUGGUCUCUAAUAGGAAACCCAAUAGCAGAGGAGGAAACCGUGCAGCCAAACGAUGGGGUGAUCUUGAGGAUCCUAAUCCUUUAAAAGGUUCAAAAGAUAACAAUACAAAUGUUGUUCAUGAGGAUAAUUAUGAUACCUUGGAUGAUGAAGAUGACUUUGAUUCCGAUUCAAGUAAAAAGAGCCAUGAGAGUCGCAAGAAGAGUAAAUGGUUUAAGGAAUUUUUUGAGAGAAUGGACGCUUUUAAUGUUGAGGAGAUCAAUGAGACCAUGUGGCACUGUCCAGCAUGCCAAGGUGGUCCCGGUGCCAUCAAAUGGUACAGAAGCAUCCAGGACCUGAUAGCACAUGCCAAAACGAUAGGAGCAAGAGGGGUGAAGCUACACCGAGAGCUUUCAGAGCUUCUAGAAAUGGAGCUGAGCAUUAAGGGAACUUCAAUUGCUCCUGCUGAACAAAUUCUUGGUAACUGGAAAGGUUUAAAAGAGGAUGGAAGAGAUCACCAAAUAGUUUGGCCUCCCAUGGUUGUUAUUAUGAACACAAUGACAAGCGUUUUUAAGGAUGGAAAGAAUGUUGGCAUGGGAAGUCGAGAGCUUCUUGAGCACUUCAGCUCGUAUCCUGCUUUGAAGGCUCAACACUCCUAUGGUCAUCAAGGUCACCGUGGUUUGAGUGUCUUGAUUUUUGAAAGCUCGGCAGUAGGUUAUUUAGAGGCUGAGCGUCUGCAUAAGAAUUUUGUCGAGCAAGGAUUGGAUAGAUCUGCUUGGAAUUCUUGUGCAAACGAGGUCCUGCCAGGAGGAGAGCGUCAACUUUAUGGUUUCAUGGCAGUGAAGGAGGACCUGGAUAUCUUCAACCAGCAAUGCCAAGGUAAAUCAAAGAUCAAAUAUGAGCUGAAACCAUAUCAAGAGGCUGUUCUAAAUGAAAUCAAGAAAAUGAGCCAGGAUAGCCAACAGCUUAUCUGGUUGAAGGACAGGCUUAAAGAAGAAAGAAAACGUGCAGAAACUUUUGAAGGAUCGGUUAAUAAUCUGAGUAGGAACUUAAAACAGAAAAUGAACGACAUCCAUUUAUUUGAACAGAGGGUCCAAUUAUUGUAUGAAGAAAACAAGGAAGAGAUGGACUCCCAGGAGAAGUUUUACAAGGAUCAAAUCAAAAUUCUUGAAGCAAGGGUGAAAGAGCUUGAGAAGUUGCAGGAAUCAGACGCAAAUCCUUUGCAUACACAGGAACCUCCACCUGCCCUGGCCUGCCAGCUGAUGGAGGAGUACACUCCAUAUCAGUACUACAACAACCUCAGUAUUGAUGAGGACUGAAUAGUGGAAAGCUCCCGCUCAAAUCGAAUGAAAAUUGGAAUGUGGACAUAAACAACGGGCUUUAAGACUUUAGAGCAACUAAAUAUGUAGGAGCAUCCCUGAUGAUGCCUUGUAUGUUUCCAGGGUUAAAUGCCUGGUUUAUUUAAUAGGAGCGCAAAGAGAUUAUUUUCAAAGAAAUUUUUAGGAAAAAUCAGGUUUUGAAAUUAGUUUUAGAAAAAUCUUCCUAGAAAGUACGAUACUUUUAAUUAAUGUAUUUAUUUA